AUGCUUGUUUUCUUUCAAGUCCACGCACGGACCCAAUUACUCUCCACGCGGCAUUUGAGCCAGUGGGGUCUGUCCGUCAGCACCGAACAGCUGGUCAGGCCAUCUUCGGAUUUCGUCAUGGGCGUAUACAGCGCAUGUCUCGAACAAGUAACGGGACUAUCAUCGGACGCUCUCCAGGAGUCCAUCCAAAGUGCGCUUGCAUCCAUGGAAGACUCUAAUACAGACCUAUAUUCUGCGAGUGUGGCGCACAAUUUCAUGUUAUACCAUCUAACUCGCUUCGCCAACGCCGCACGUAUCAUGGACUUCAGUUCAAAGGACCUCUAUAAUCCUGAACCGGAACGAACCCGAUUUAUACUCUCUGCCUUCAUCAAUUUUGUCAAGUUUGCAGAGCAAUGUACACCGUUUACAAGCGGCCUCCGUGAAAAAUCUAUUACGGUUAUGGAGGAAAGGGAACAAGUUGCACAGGAAUUGGCAGCCGUCCAACACAAACUCAGCGCCCUUAAAGCCCAGAGAGCUAAAGAUGAGCCUAAGUGCGAAGAGUUGCGAAUGGAGAACGCUGCAAUAACUGCACAUCUCAUGGUCACCAAGGAGACGACCCAAAAAGUGGUCAAGGAAAUCGAGGCUCUCAAAGUAGAGAAGGCCUCCGUUCUGUCGAAGAAGGAUAAUGUCAACAACGAAACGACCCUACUUCUUGACAGGAUCUCACGAACACGGUCUCGCAUCGUACAGUCCCCUGAACGGAUUAAGCGCAAUAUCACUACCAUGGGUGCUGUCACAAUCGAAGACAAGAAGGUAAUUUCUCAAAAUGAAGCCAAAGCAAGGGCCCUCCAAACAAAGAUAUCUGCACUGUCGAACCUUGAAAUAGAUUUGAGGGCUUGUGUUGAACAACUCCAAACCACAGAAAAGGAGGUGCAACUCCUUGAGGCUUCCCAAAAGGAACUGGCAGAUGUCAAAGACAGUAUGGACUACAAGAAGGUCGAGCGUAGCGAGUUGCAGAUGAAAAAGGAAAGAGUACACAGGCAACUGGCAAACGCCCAGGAAAAAUUGGAGCGCGCCCAAAGACACGCAGAAGAAAAGAGACAUGCCAGUCAACAGACCAUUGAACGACUGCAGCGCGAGUACGAACAAAUGGAUGUUGAAAGACGAGAAAAUGAUAAGCAGGUCGAGGAACUUCGCAAGGAAGCUGAUGAGAUCGAAACCAAGAUGGUAGAGCACCUGAAGAAGAGUGAAGCCGAGCUCAACGAACUCCUAGCAGAAUACUGGAAACUUCGACAUGAAACUGAGGUGUACAUGGAGACACUUGCAAACAAACUCAACAUGAACGUGACCUCGGACUGA